UACUUGUCAUCUUGUCCUUUUGGUGGAAACAUUUACCUAGAAUUAAAGUUUAAUUUUCUUGUUCCAUGUUGAUGGUUUUCCCUCUCAAGUGAAUUAAUUAAUUGUUUCGAAUGUCAAUUGAUCACCUUCUUGAUUUUAAUCUCGUUCUUUUGGAUAAUAACAAGUAAAUUUUGGAAACGAAAAGCAAAACAAUGGCACUGGAACCAGAUCAACCUUUUUUCGUUUACACGGUGUCCCUAUUGUCCGCCAUUGGCGGUUUUCUGUUUGGCUAUGACACUGGAAUUGUUUCUGGUGCCAUGGUCUUAAUUAAGAAACAACUUCAUCUUAGUGACUUUUGGCAAGAGUUAAUUGUUAGUAUAACCAUCGGUAUGGCCUGGGUGUUCAGUUGCCUUGCUGGUUAUUUUACCGAUAAAUUUGGCCGACGUCCGGUCAUCUUAGUGGCUUCGGCAAUUUUCACCGCCGGUUCCGUGGUAAUGGCCUUUGCUCUUGAAAAAUGGACUUUGCUAAUUGGCAGGGGAAUUGUUGGCGCGGGUAUUGGAUUAGCGUCCAUGGUGGUUCCGAUGUACAUUGCCGAGGUUGCACCAGAUGAAACUCGCGGUGCUCUGGUCAGUCUGAACAAUUGUUUCAUCACCGGUGGUCAGUUUGUCGCCGCUUUGGUAGCUGGAUUUCUCAGCUACUUUGACCAUGAUCUCGCUUGGAGAUUAAUGUUGGGAAUCGCUGGUGUACCCGCUUUCCUACAGUUCGUUGGGUUUUUUUUCAUGCCAGAAUCGCCUCGAUGGUUGAUCAAGAAAGGAAAAGACGAACGAGCCAAACAAGUUCUGAACCGAAUUCGUAGUUGUGAUCAAUCAGCCCUAUUAGAAUUUAAAAUGAUCAGAGAUAAUUGUAUAGAGGAAGCUGAAAAAUCAGUCUUGCAAAAUUCAAGUACCAAUGUUUUGGCCAAAGUUUUAGCUUCUCAGCCCUUACGUCGAGCCCUUUUCGUGGGCUGUGCUCUGCAAGCGGUCGCUCAGGCUUCCGGGAUAAACACUGUGAUGUAUUACAGUGCGACCAUCAUUCAAAUGUCCGGUAUCUAUGAAGAGACUUUGGCCAUUUGGUUGGCCGCUGCCGUUGCCUCGGUUAACUUUAUCUGUGGCUUUCUCGGGUUUUACCUUGUUGAACGAACUGGUCGCCGAAAGUUGACCCUUGGCUCUUUGGGCGGUGUUAUAAUUUCUCUGCUUGUUCUUGCCGCUGGUUUCCAAUUAGCUGAAUAUGAAUCUCCCUCCAUUCAGCCCAUGCAGCCAUUUAACUCUUCAUCUCAAUUAACAAAUUUAGAUCUUUGCUCUGUCCAAACCUCUUGUCGAGAUUGUAUCGCUCGCCCUGAGUGCGGUUUCUGUUUCAACGAUAAUCCUCCCUGGAGCGAUGGUUCUUGUUUACAUGCUGCACCUUCAACUGAACUUGAUUCGUCUUGGGAUAUAAGUCGAUCUGCAACUGGAAUGUGUUCAAACGGGACUAUUGUUCCCGAAAAAAAGGUCUGGGCCUAUGGUUGGUGUCCAACUAAAUACGCUUGGGUUACGAUUAUGGGUCUUUGCCUUUAUCUCUUCUUCUUUUCACCUGGAAUGGGACCAAUGCCCUGGACAAUCAACGCGGAAAUUUAUCCCUUUUGGGCUCGAAGUGCCUGUUAUUCAAUAUCUACUUCCGUAAAUUGGGCUUUCAAUCUGGCCGUUUCACUUACUUUCCUUUCCCUGACCAAGGCCAUAACCCGUUACGGAGCUUUCUACCUUUAUUCUUGCUUUGCGAUUAUCGGUUGGAUCUAUUUUGCCUUCGAAUUACCAGAAACUCGAGGACGAACACUCGAAAAUGUCGAAGAAUUGUUUCGACGCGGGAAAAAAGGCCAAGACAGUGAAGGAAAACGACCCGUUUCUUCAGUAAGCGUAACCACAAUUAACAGUCAAACAUCAAUCGUUAAACAUUAAUAGUCGACAAUUUGAUAAUUAAAUCAAAUGAAAAUCACCAAACGAAAAAAAAUUUAUCAUCUGUGAUGACAAGUUAUUUUUAUCCAAAUGAAAAAUAACAAAAUACGAUUAGUAUUUUUAUAUAAAAACCGAUUGUAUUUUAUUUUGCUAAUUGUUCAAUUGUAAAAAGUUAAAAUUAAUCAACAAUAAGAUAUGUUUUUCUCAAUGA